CAGGACAUCUUGUCUGAUACUGACACCACAUUCCAGAUCCCACAUCUCCCGGGCACCAAAUACGGAAUACCAGUUGUCAGACCUGCCACCAAGCGCCUGACCCAUUACAAGCAAUGAGAGCACGGUGCAUGCCUAUACAUGGUGGAAAAUGUUGCGGGGAACUGCAAGAGAGUGGAGAUAGCUGGCGCCGCUCCUCGCGCCGGCCGUGCUCUCCUCUAUUCGGUACCAGCGGUCGAGCAGGUCGAGCUUGCCUCUCUUCCCAGACACGCUCCCAGGGAGUUGGGAUCAAUGUCUCUUUGGCGUAUUUUUUUAUAGUGCCAGUAAUCUCACGCUCUCCAGAUGAUUCAAAAGGACAAAUGAAAACGGGACAGCUUGGAGCGAGGUGCGAGAGCAAAGAAGGGCUGGAAUAAAGCGCUGAUUACAGGUAACGAACGUAAAAAACGGAUGUGAGUUCGCUGUUUCGCACGAUUUCUGACUGGGGCAAACGGUAGAUAGCUUCAAACAUGAUGCAUGG